CACACGGAACCGACAGCAUGGCGAGAGAACCGCGAGAGAAAGAUCCAUCCCGAAAAUACAGUGCAACGCAUUGGAUGCUCCAGAACAUUGCACAAGAGUCCAUGGAUGAGGACUCGGACGAGGAGUUCUUUGAUGCUCGAGAUGUUAUGGAAGGGAAGACAGCCAUGCUUCUGGAAAUGAGCCAGUGGAACUCAAACGAUCUGGUGGAGCAAAUCGCGACGCUGGGCAACUUAGAACGCUCACAAGAAAGUCUGUACAGGCUAAGACACCCACGUUGUGCACCACAGAGCAGUGUAGAUGGCCUCGAGGAACUGGAGAGAAAAUGCAGAACACAGUUAUUGAUCCUGGUGGUUCAUGGAGGUCACAUUCUGGACUCUGGAGGUGGUGAUCCAGGUGGGAAGGCAGGUGAUGCUGCUACACUGGCAUCGGUGCUGGAGCGGGUGGCUCGAGCUCACUUCCAGGAAGCAGCAGACAGCAUGUUAGUCCGUCUGGUGCCCUGCCCACCCGUGUGUGCCGAAGCUUUCUCGCUUGUCUCUCAUUUAAAUCCUUACAGCUAUGACGAGAGCAGCGUUUGCACUAGCGUGGAUCAUCUGCCGUUGGCUGCUUUGCCUAUCCUGGCCGCCGCAGCCCCUCAUUACCUGUAUGCUGUAGCGUCAGUCAUCACUCAAGCCAAUCGGGUCUACGCCGACUUUCUUCAUUCCCCUGAGGGUCUCGGCUUCACCGGACAGGUAUGCUUGGUGGCAGACUGUGUUGGCGGUGUGCUCUGUUUUGAUGCACUUUGUUUUAGUGGUGACAGGCAUCAGGAGAGCCCUAAAGCCAACAGCAGGAACUACAGUACAGAGAGCCUUAAAGAGAAGCCAGGUGGGAUGAGCAGUUUGAGUCCCUCUCUGAGGAGCAGCAAGCGCCUGAGUAAGAGCAACAUUGAUAUUUCGGCUCCUUGCGAAGCAGCACCAGCUACCCGUCAUCCACUCAUCCGCAAACAGAGCGAUUCGUGUGACACGGAUAUAACAGGAAGUCAGAGAGAGGUCUUCUUCAGCAGUUUUUCCCAGGAUGAACAGAGUAGCUCUGCACUGGCUGUGAAUCCAGGCUGCUUUGACUUUGAAGUCUCAGACUGCUUUUUACUGGGCUGCCCACUGGGACUGGUGCUGGCCAUGAGGAGAACUGUAUUGCCUGCUGUUCAAGUGGCUCAAUUGCGUCCAGCUUGCUCUCAGAUCUUUAAUCUCUUCUACCCAUCUGAUCCGUCAGCGUCACGACUUGAACCCCUGCUUUACCCACCUCUCACCCAGCUGCCCCCCUUCAGUGUGUCACGCUACCAGCGCUAUCCACUGGGAGACGGACGCUCUACUCUUAUUGCUGACACAGUGGUCAAACAGCUGUUAGGCAGUAAUGCAGAUGUUCAGGCUGCAAGCUGCAAAUCGGGGAGUGCUGAACCUACACCUCCCAACAUCAAGCCUGAGGGCAGCCAGUCUAUCGCACAGUUAUGCAGCGGGUGGUGGGGCACAAAGAGGUUGGACUACGUGCUCUACUGUCCCGAUGUGCUGACUGCUUUUCCAACUGUAGCCCUGCCUCAACUCUUUCAUGCCUCCUACUGGGAAUCUACAGACACCGUGGCCUUCAUCCUCAGACAGGUGCUGCGCUGUGACUGUCUGAAGGCGGGAGAGGCAGACUGCUGUGUACCCAUCUCUCCGUCCAGCCCUCGAGAGAAGUGGCUCCGGAGAAGAACUCACGUCAAAUUGCGGAAUGUUACAGCUAACCACAGAGUGCAUGAUGUGAUUGCGACGGAGGAUGGGCUACAGACGCUGGUUGGGAGGUUCAUGUACGGCCCUUUGGACAUGGUCACCCUGACAGGAGAGAAGGUGGAUAUAUUUUUGGCGACCCAGCCUGGAUCUGGACGCUGGGUGCUUUUCGACACUGUGGUGACCAGCAACAGUGGACGCGUUACCUACACCAUUCCACAAAACAAAAAACUAUCCGUUGGUGUCUACCCCAUCAAAAUGGUUGUCAAAGGUGACCAGACGAGUGCAGAGGCCUUCCUGACUGUACUGCCGCAAGGAAUGGACUGUGUGGUUUUCAGUAUUGAUGGCUCCUUUGCUGCCAGCGUAUCGCUCAUGGGUAGUGAUCCGAAAGUCCGACCUGGAGCUGUAGAUGUGGUUAGACACUGGCAGGACCUUGGUUACCUGAUCAUCUACAUCACUGGCCGACCUGACAUGCAGAAACAGAGGGUGGUGUCCUGGCUCUCACAGCACAACUUUCCCCAGGGCAUGGUGUUUUUUGCUGAGGGGCUCGUCCACGACCCCCUGCGUCAGAAAACCAUCUUUCUUAGAAGUCUUGUUAAAGAGUGUCACAUUAAGAUCGGUGCAGCGUAUGGCUCGAUGAAGGACAUGUCUGUGUACAGUGCUCUGGGACUGGAAGCCUCUCAUAUCUACAUAGUGGGAAGACCAUCAAAGAAACACCAGUGUCAAUUCCUGAGUGAAGGGUACGCAGCUCACCUCUCUGCUCUGGAGUUUGAACAUGGCUCACGUUCCAAGAAAAAUCGCAUGAUCCUGCGCCAGGGCUCAUUCGGUCGCUCCACCAAGCCCGACUUUUUGUCGCCUUCGGCAGAUUUCCUCUCUUGCAAGCGCACACCACUUCUGCGGCGUGCUAUGUCCAUGCAGCAGGCUUCUCCACCCUCUUCCUUGUCCUCAACCCCAAAACCAGAGCGCGCUCAGAGCCAGCCUGAGAGCCACAGGGACGGGCCUGAGAUCCGCAUUGAACUUGACGAUCAGGAUGACGAAACCGGCGGCUUUACUGCCGCAUUUUGAGAGGACAUGAUUACUUGGUUAGUGGGAAAGGAGGAACAAGGGACAUAGUGCUGUGUGUCCACGUUUCUGUCGACCAUCUCAUGAUCCUGCCCUGAUUCUGGAGCUGUUUAUCUUUUCUUCUUCAAACUUCAAACACCUGCUUAAUGGGGACACGGGGAACAUGUCGGCAGACGAGGUCACAUAAAAGCUGGUAGAAAUGAAACGUGCUGAACAAUAGAGUGCUUAGAAGGGAAUGAAGUGAUGGAGUGUAAUUGAGUGGAGUGUGAUAUCUCACCCAUCACUCAGCAACAGGUCUCAGUCGAGCUGGUACUGCUGUAGAGUGGAGGACAGUGGAAUUAUGAUUGAUGGACAGGUAACCGUGUGCGUAAGCAUCUGAUCCAGAUCUAUUUAUAGCUGCACAGCAGUGACAGCUCUUACCCUGAGAUCUGCUAUCCCACUGCGCAGUGAUGCUGCUCCGCUUCUGUCUGCAGUUUGAAUUUGGCGGAUCUUCUCCCAGCCUACGCAGGACCACAACCCUCGAGCCCCUUCCCAUGCCUUUGAUUGGACAGCACUCCGUAUCCCGCCUCCUAAAUGUCAUCGUCGUUAUGAUUGGUUCAUUAACUGUAUACCGCAACAGGAUUGGUCGAAUGUGAUGUCACGUCUCAAACAAAAGAAUCUGGAGAUGAGUUUCAUCUCUUCACUUUACUUUGUUUUGUGUUUUUAAUGAAUCAUUUCAAUCGACUCUUUUAGCUCUUAAACGACUCUUUGUUUAGUAGUAUUGCUAGUUUGGCGUUAACCCAGUCGAAAUGAACGAUUUUAGCUAAGCCUACUCUAAU